GACAAUAUCGGCAAAAAAGCCAUUAUCGGACAUCUCUAUCUGUAAUCUUUACAAAUAUAUAAAUAUAUCAUGCCUGCAGUUCCAGAUAAUUCAAGUCACUGAUGUCAAAUGGUUUGCAAAAAUAUUUUUACGUGCAUUACCUGAUUGUUAUUCGUAAUGUAUUUGUUUGGAAAUUGUUUUUGAAAGGAAGAAAAAUCUUUUGCCAUCAAUUCUUACGUCAAGUUAAUACACACAACUAAGAAAAGUGUGGAUUCAGUUUGAGUAUGUCAUAUUUAGUUCCACAUCAUACAUACAUAUUUCCAGAGAACAAUUUUGUGCUCAAUAACAUUUUACAAAAACAAAGAAAAUGAAAUUAAGAAUGUAUUUACAAAAGAUAACGUUUAAUUUUGAUUGACAUGGUCAGAUACAACUAUUCAUCUAAAUAUAGUUGUGUAGGGGUGAUCAAGGGUAUCUCCUCUAUGGGGGUCUUGGGGCACUAGGAGGUUAACCCCUUUACUACUGUUACCCGGGGUGGCCCUUGGCAAAGGCCUAGUACCUGACAGCCCCCUAGCCAGCGAUACGGUGAAGACCUCAACGGCGGAGCAGGCGGAAGAUUUAAGAACUACCACAAGGGCUGCGAUGGCGGAAGAAGGCUGCAGCAGAAAAGGGUCCCCAGUCGUCUUGGACUCCAUGCCACUGGACCCUGACCCGAUUCUGUCAAGGAUCGUGUGGUGGCUGUCUGUGCACCAGUGUACCCAGGUUAAACUAAGUCACGCACAGGCAUCCUCCAUUAAGGGAUACACGUCAUACUUGUUCGAGUGACCGCCGAUGAUCAAGGGUGAUGGGUCAAAUGCAGAGAAUAAUUUGACCACACCUCGUGUGUGUGACAACUUUACUUUAACAACACCGCAUCCUAGAUUAUUAGUCCUGUAGCUGAAUAAGGAAAGUGAAGCAAAACUACAGUAGAAUUGUGUGACUGAUAACGAGGACAUGGAUACAGUGUUUUCAAUAUAAGCACUAUUUAAUUGGUCUAAAGCAUUUAUGACAGCUAAUCAGGCUUAGUGGAUCUGGGUCAACUCCCAUGUGUGUGUGUACACUUCUCCAUCGCCCUUACGUCUACUUUGCUUUACCUGUUCAUUGGACUCAUUCAUGUCAAUCAAGCAGACAGUCCAGGAUGCAGACCUUGACCCAGCAUGUCCCCUUCCCUCGGGCCGCUUACUCCCAAGCCCGGGAAAACCUGGUGAAGGCCAUCCCGCCCAAACUCCUCUGCUUGCUGGCCUGCGGGGGACUGGACUGUCGUUACGAAGGACCAGACUGUUGGAAAGCGAGCCAGCAGGUCAUCCGUGGCAUUUUCUCCUCAUGGGUGACCGAUGACAUCAUCGCUAUGGCACGGCCGUCCACAAUCUUGAUUGAAAAGUUCGACGUUAUAGAACAAUUUCAGAGGUUGAAUAUAAGAUCCAUCAUAAACAUGCAAGUACCUGGCGAACAUGCGCACUGCGGACCCCCUUUGGACCCUGGAAGUGGCUUCACAUACCUGCCGCAGAUCUUCAUGGAGAAUGACAUUUAUUUCUACAACUUUGGGAUGCCAGAUUUCGGCGUGUCCUCCCUCGUCGGCAUCAUCGAUGGCGUAAAGGUGUUGGCCUUCGCUGCGGGGGAGGGAAGGGUUGCUGUGCACUGCCACGCCGGUCUGGGCAGAACAGGUCUGGGUUGGGAUUUGCGCUAGCGGGUGUGGAUACACAACUUGACACUGAUUGCUCCACAGGUGUCCUAAUAGCCUGCUACUUAGUCUACACUUUGCGGAUCAGUCCCAGUGAGGCCGUGCACUACGUCCGCAUCAAAAGGCGGGCUGCAGCCAGGGCCACUUGCUGGCUGCAGCCCGCAGAUCGAGGAGGGGCUUAUUUUCCCUCAAUGUGGGCGGGUCUCAACGUUGAGCCCGCGGGCUCCAUCUGGUGGCGGAGAUCCGGCAGCACACAUUCUCAAACGUCAAUAAAGCUACUUUUAACUUGUCAAAUGUAUUUUUUUUACCAUGAAAAAACAAUAAAAAAAAAAAAUAUAUAUAUAUAAACCAUAGUAUGAAAAAAGGUUCAUGUAUUUGAUAGACUUAGACAUUCCUACUUUUAACUUGUCAAAUGUAUCUGCCAUCUUUUUUGUAGUUUUAUUCCUUUUUUAUUAUCUUCAUUAUUUUCUGUAUUGAUCCUACACUAUUAUUGUGUUUUUUUGUUACUUCUGAUAUGGCCUUGCCACGGUUUACUUGCUUGUUUAUUUAUUUAUUUUUUGUGUCUUUUUAUUUUGUAUUGUUUUACAUCUGAUCAACUUCUGUGACUUUCCUUUUCUUUUUUAAGUGUGAACGGUGGAGAGGUCCUCGAGAGGUGAUCUUGGGAUCACUUCCUGAGGAUCCUUGAUGCCGAGGAAUGUUCAUCCACUAUGGUCUGGAUAGCCUGUAGCUGAUCCUGAGCCAGAGCGGGAUGGAUGGAUAUAUAUAUA